CUCUAGACAAACUCUAUAACUUUGCUGAUUGCUCUGGGCUGCACCUGAUCUUCGCAUUGAAUGCACUGCGACGAAAUCCUAACAAUUCCUGGAAUAGCUCAAGCGCUCUGGGUCUGGUUAAAUACAGUGCCAGCAAGAAGUACAACAUCUCUUGGGAACUGGGGAAUGAGCCAAACAACUAUAGGACUAUGAAUGGCCGUGCAGUGAAUGGCAGUCAGUUGGGAAAAGACUAUAUCCAAUUAAAAAGCCUAUUGCAGCCCAUCAGAACUUACUCCAGGGCCAGCUUGUAUGGGCCCAAUAUUGGGCGUCCCCGGAAGAAUGUCAUAGCUCUUCUAGAUGGGUUCAUGAAAGUAGCUGGGAGUACUGUGGAUGCUGUUACCUGGCAACAUUACUACAUUGAUGGCCGAGUAGUCAAGGUGAUGGACUUCCUGAAAACCCGUCUUUUAGACACACUCUCUGACCAGAUUAGGAAAAUUCAGAAAGUGGUAAACACAUAUACCCCAGGGAAGAAGAUUUGGCUUGAGGGUGUGGUAACCACCUCAGCUGGAGGCACAAACAAUCUCUCUGAUUCCUAUGCUGCUGGAUUCUUAUGGUUGAACACUUUAGGAAUGUUGGCCAAUCAGGGCAUCGAUGUUGUGAUACGGCACUCAUUUUUUGACCACGGCUACAAUCACCUUGUGGACCAGAAUUUUAACCCAUUACCAGACUACUGGCUCUCUCUCCUGUAUAAACGCCUGAUUGGACCCAAAGUUCUAGCAGUGCAUGUUGCCGGCCUCCAGCGGAAGCCACGGCCUGGCAGAGUCAUUCGGGACAAAUUACGCAUUUAUGCUCACUGCACAAGCCACCACAACCACAACUACGUCCGUGGGUCCAUUACACUAUACAUUAUCAACCUGCAUCGAUCAAGAAAGAAAAUCAAACUGGCGGGAACACUCAGGGACAAGAUUGUUCACCAGUAUCUCCUACAGCCCUACGGGCAGGACGGGCUUCAGUCAAAAUCAGUGCAGCUAAAUGGCCAGCCUUUGAUGAUGGUGGAUGAUGGAACUCUACCAGACUUGAAGCCCCGACCCCUUCGAGCUGGUCGAACAUUGGUUAUCCCACCAGUAACCAUGGGUUUUUAUGUAGUCAAGAAUGUCAAUGCUCUAGCCUGCCGAUAUCGAUAGGCCUUCUUUACAUUUAUGUGCCACUGGUGGACCUGCUGGAUCUGUUUUAAUUCUUCAGAGUAUACUUUUUUUUUCAUUGGCAAAUUAAAGCAGACUAAAAUAGACCCUACUUUCAAGUACUGCUGGACACAGCAAAGGCCUUCUUUCCAAGAAGAUACUAAGU